AACUUUCCUCAACUGUUAACACUAUUAUGCUUUGCGCAGGACGUCUCAAAGGUAAAAGCGCUAACUAUGUGUUUAGGAUAGGCACGCCCAGUAUUAUGAUAAGAGAGAAUCGUGCAACAUCGCUUUCAAACUGCCCGUCGUGGAGACGUCAGUAUGGUGCAGUCACACUCCCAGAGUGACGUUGUGAAGGAGGAACCAAUGAGCAUUGUGAGUGUGUGUCUGACGGAGCAUAACUGGAGACUCACAGUUUGAAACUACAAACAUGCCUAGACCCGCUCGGAGCACACUGUCUCCGUGGAUAGAGAGUCUGAUCCUGAGCUAUGGCAGUGAGGAGGGGAGCAGCAGCGGGCGGCUCAAGGCUCAUGUCAUCGGGGUGGGUCAGAUGUCUCAGUCCCAGGCUCAGGGCUCUGAGGGCCCCACAGGGCUGCUCUUCCUGUCCGACGGGGUGCUCCGGAUCCCGGCCAUCCUCACGGCAUCAGCUUGGGAGCAUCUCCAGGAGCAGGAGGACCGCGAGUGUUUCACCAGCCUGGUCAACACCACCGUGUGCAUACAGGACUACCGGCUGCAGUUUCACAUGGCCCUUGAACAGACAAAAAGCAGAUUCUUCUUAUCAGUUGGAGAGCUGGCUUCAACUGCAGCUGGUCCAGUUAAAGACAACACUCCUUGCUGCAUGACACUGCCCUCCAUCAGGCUGAAGGUCUGUAUGACAUGGAGGGCCCUGCUGGGUCAGGAGGACUCUCAGAAGAGCCAGUGUGGGUUUGAUCUAUCAGAGCUGCUGGGGGAGUGGCAGCAUGACUGUCUACAGGCUGUGCUGGAGGAUGUUCAGGAGAGGCUGAUCGUAGCAAGCAGCCGCCCAGUGAGCCCGCAGCCCUCCACCUCAACUUACAUCCCAUCACUGGCCCACCCAGAUACAUUCACUGCCACAAGCUGGGACGUUGACAGGGUCAGAUAUAAAGGAAUGAAAUGUUUCACUGUCCCCAUAAAGUGUCUCAUCAUCCCAGAGGAAGAUACUCAGCGGACCUGUGCUGGAACAAGUGGCCGUUGUGCCGCCUCUGAGGACAGAAAGAGAGAGUUACUUCAAGAUUGCAAAUCUUCAGAGAUGACGCUGCCUUCAGUUGAUGGUGCAGAGUGGCGAAUAGCCAAGCCAGCAGUUGUAGAGCCAGAUGGAGACAAUGAGAAUUCACCUUGUCCAUUGGAGGACAGCAUGCUACACGAGGGCUUGAUGAUUGACAGUGACAUCCGGCCUUUAUCCAACCCUUGGGACAUUUUUCCUCCACCAUGUGAAACCUCAUUAUCCUCUGAUGCAUCCCCAGAAGCAACGCCAACCCAGUCACCCCACAAUCCCACUGCCACUGAAUUCAAGUCUGAUCAUUCUGCAGUCUUAACCAGCACGCAACUUCCUGUCACCAGCUCCGAGGAAUCCCGGCAGACAUCCAAGAACAGCAAAGGAGAGAACAGCUACCUCCCGCCAUACCAGAGACAGCCACACUCAACUAGCCUCCCCACCACUACGGUUUCUUCAACUUCUGUGAGUUCACCAGAGCCUUUUAGCAGACCGUCAAACCUACUGCCUGCCACAGACGAACACCACAGUGACACAGCACAACAAAAUCUUCCGGCUUUGGACAAGGAAAAACAGACUUUGGAAAAAGAAACCUUUGAGGGAAAAAAAAGAAAGAGAAAGAGAAGUGAGCCAUCACCAGAAGCACUGACCACCUUAGUGGAAGAGGAAGUGGAGGAAUCUCAGAUUAGUGGGAGCCCUCCGUCUUGGCUCUUUGACAGUCAGGCAGGCUCCAGGGCUGAAGAGGGCAGCAGUCACAGACAGGGUCAAACUGUGGGGACUGUCUCGAGUAAGAGUCCCACUGUUCACAGCGAUGGCAGGCCGUUCUCUUACUCUUACCAAGCGUCAGGACAGAAUCUGCAGGAUUUCAGUCGUUUCAAAGUCGCACAGUCCUUGCUGCACUGGGCGGUGAAAUAUCUUCUCAUUCCAAAGCAGACAGAGAAUCCACACGACACAUCAGUGACCUCUGAUCAAACUUCGUCUGACAGGACUGAGGUCACCUAACUUUAGGUUCAAAAGGUUGAGAGACAGUUAAGCUAAUUAAUCUGUUAAUGUUUGAGUUGUUUUAUUGUUUCAUCUGACAUAGUGUUGACUCACAGACUGGUGGUAUUCCAGAGCAGCUUUAUACGCUAUGUCUGAAUUACCAAGUAAUAAGUUUAAACUUUGUUCCUUUGCUGUCUUAAUUUAAUCUUAAAUGUAUAUUUCACCCCCCAGACAAUCUUUUGUAUAACAACUACUUACCCUGUGUUACAACAAAUUGCAUAGAUAGUGUAUUUGUGUUCUUGUGUGACUCUGAUGAAUCCAAACUAACCCUUUAAACAGCAAAGUCGCGCAAUAACACCAAGUAACCAGCUGAUCGAGGCAGCAGUAGACCAGCAGCUCCCGUGUUCAGCAAGGUCAGUGGAGUCUGGCUUUGAAGAGAGCAGAGAUAAGUUUAAUUUUCAGUUCGGCCUCCUGUUGGAAGGGGCUGUCUGUUUGGGAAGUACUGAGAUACAACUGGAUAAAUGAGACUAGGAUUAUACUGCACAAGUUGUGUGAGAGUUUAUAAAUAGAUGUUUUGAUAUAGUUUUGCUGUUUAACGCAGCCUGCCCUUUACUCAGUUCAUCAAGAAUUUUCUCAGUUUUUCAAUUCUACGUUAGCCAGCGGCCUCUGAAAAAAAUUUUCUUCAAGAAUUAAAUUUAAUGUGGUGAGUAAUUUAUGUACAAAAGGUCAUGUGGGGGGAUGAAAUAUCUCCUUAGCUCAGGGUCUGCUUACCAACCAAGUUUUGUAAUAAAGAGUUUGUUCAACCAAAA